GACCUGUGGAGGAGGCACCAGGAGCACCUCCAGAGACUGCAACAACCCUGAGUAAGACUCUUAUUCCUACUAGUGCAAAACGCCAGGAGACUGCAACAAACCUGAAUAAGAGCCUUAGGAGUCUUGGAGUACCCAGUCCAAACACAACAGGAGACUGCUUCAAGCCUGAGUAAGAUUCAGUCUAAGUCUAACUAAGCCAAACUAAGUCAAAACACACCAGGAGUAGCCAGUCAAAGCAAUAAUAACACACCUUGAGUAAGGGCUCUGAUUAGUCAAAACAAUACUACACCUGAGUAAAAGUCACAAAAAAAGCCUGAGUACGUACUUGGCAAAACACAUGUCAAUCAAGGAGUCAAAGCCUCUGUGAAUGUCAGUCAUGUUUUAAUCAAGUUAUUUUGCCUUAAUGUUUCUUCAGGCCCCGGAACGGAGGAAAGUUCUGUGUGGGUCGAAGGAUGAAGUUCCGGUCGUGCAACACUGAGCCGUGUCCCCGAGGACAAAGAGACUUCCGCGAGGAGCAGUGCUCUCAGUUCGAUGGCAAGCACUUCAACAUCAACGGUCUACCUCCCACCGUCCGCUGGAUGCCCAAGUAUAGCGGUAGUGAGUACCCUCUAUUUUAAAGCGUCUUUGGGUCCUUGAAAAUCACUACCAUACAUAAAACUCCAUGGAUUAUUUGUGCUAGUGCCCACUGCACUAGCAGUUCAACCAUGAGAACACCAGGCAUCUGUUAUAGUUGGUAAUGGAGGCACUACAUGAUAACAGUUGAUAACAUUAUGUGCUACCAUUAUACUAUUCUACCCCUAUAGACACUUCUUGACGACCCCUCACAGAUCUCAAAGAACCAGACUUAACCGGAUUUAAGUCAACUGUCAGAAAGUCCACCAUGCCUAAUUGAGGGCUAAAUGGGGUUAUUAGUCAAUAUAUUUCAGAAUGACAUAAGUAAAACAUGGCUCCAGCCCUUCUGUCUCCUUACCCCACUCCCCAUCUUGUCCUGGUAAUUAGACUAACUCUGCUGUUUGCUUUUGGCUCCGUAGAGGCAGAUUCUGUCAGUGUGUUCUUCCCUCAAUGCUUUGCAUAGUCAGGAUAGGAACAGAUGGAUGAAUGUACAGAGUAUUCAACACUAUAGAAACAUUCAAUUCUACCAAAAUAAGCUCCUGGAUAGCUUCCCUCUUCUAUACCUCAUGCGUUGUUAUAAUUAUUGUGAUAGCUAGCUCUGCUGGACUAGUGGCCAUUUGGCAAAGGAGACAGGGCUUUGGCGCAGUGUUGAUGAUUUCGAAGAAGUAACCGCAAGCUGUCACAAUACAAUGUUAUACAAGCAAACUGACCGAACACAGAGGCCAAAAUGCUGUCAAGCAGAAUGGGAUAUUUCCAAAUAACUGAUAGAAAUGUUGGUAUUUCAGCAAAGCUAACAGCUGACCCUAGCAAAAAUGUAAAUAGCGGUACUAUUGUGGAUAAAACGUUUUUGGGUGGUUUUUUUGCCUCGCUAACAGUAGGUUUAUAGUGUAAGAUACUGUUUUUUUUUUUUGUUUCUAUGUGUUUCACUAUAAUAUGUCACAUAAAAAAAAUACUCCAUAGUUUGUUUGUUUUUUCUUCUGAAAAGAUAGCUUAUUUUUUAUUCUAUCUAUUCUCUUUUCUUCCUCUGUAGUUCUAAUGAAGGAUCGGUGCAAGCUCUUCUGUCGGGUUACCGGGACAAUGGCCUACUAUCAGCUGAAGGACCGCGUCAUCGACGGCACACCAUGUGGCCCAGACACCUACGACAUCUGUGUUCAAGGCCUCUGUCGGGUAACUGUACUCCCUAACGUCAACACUGUGUAUCAAACACAGCUAGCUUACACAGUGAUAUGUUCUCUCAGAUGUGUCUGUCUAUAUCAGCAUAUCACUUACAAUGUUGUGAAAUGUUGCUUAUGCUGACCUUCUGUAUCAGAGUAUACACACACACACACACACACACACAUACAAGUUUAACCUUAUAUUUUUGCCUUCUCAAAGAGAAAGCUGUAGUUUUGUGGAUGUUAGAUUGAGUAUAACAACAUCUAUUUUUAGUGAAGGUUUGUGACCACUGAUGAUAGAGAUAGCCCUUGGUGUGACCCCCUGUCUGAUUGGUGUGUGUCUGUGUGACCCCCUGUCUGAUUGGUAUGUCUCUGUGUGACCCCAUGUCUGAUUGGUUUGUCUCUGUGUGUUUCCACAGCAAGCAGGCUGUGACCAUGUGUUGAACUCCAAGGCGAAGAAUGACAAGUGUGGAGUGUGUGGAGGGGACAACUCCUCCUGCAAAACCCUUGCAGGGACCUUCAACGACGCAGAGUAUGGUAAGCCUGGAUGCCUUUCUUCUGUUUCCCUGUAUUCCAAAAUACUUAAGCAGAUAUUGCACACUGUUCACAACAACAAUUGUCAAUGAACAGGUGAAAUACAAUACGCUUGCCAUAAACUAUUUGACACUUGGAUACUGCAUAAAUGACCACAGAAUUAUGACAUAACUUUUGGAUGCUAGUGAAGGCAAUGAUUAUUUUCCUUUUGCUUUGGGACAAUGCUUUGCAUAACGGAUAUCCUAAAAAAGUCUCCAAACCUGUGGAAAGCCCAGGUAAACUCUGGAAUUCUCAAACUGACCCCCUCGAACUCAUGAUUAGUAUGAUAUCUCAUCCCGGGCCAAUCGCUAAUUACAUCCAAUCCCCUUCAAGUCUGAGCUGCAAAAUAAAAAAAAUAACAUGAGCAGAAAUGACCAUGGUUAUGGCUCCGGUUAUGUUUACUCAAUAUUUGUUUUGUUCUUCGCUUCUCUUUGUCUCUAUCUGUCCAUUCCUCUGCUUGUGUAUGUACCGAGGAGUCCUGAGCCAAGCAAGUACAACCAAACCAAGCUGUGACCUAGCCUCUCCCUCUCUCUCCCUCCUCCCUCUCCGUCUCUCCAGCCAGGCUCAGCUAUCCCAGGGUGCACAGGGGUGUCUCUCCUGGAGGACUGUGUUUACAUUCCGCGGUCGCCCUGCGGUUGCGUUCGAUUGUAUGUGUGGUCAAUGGUUGUUUCGGGGGCUUCGAUGGCCUGUGGAGGCACUGUGGCUUUCUCUAAGGGGACCUGGUAUGCGGAUUACACAGUUCACCUAGUCCUUGUACUUAUGUGCUUAUGCUGUAUUCACUGGUUAGAGAGGGAAUUUAACAUGCUACUUAAAACCUAACUGCACAGAAGAGACAUUUAUGCUGCUGUUUGUUUUUAGCACUGAAGUGAAUGGGUUUGAAUUGACUUGUCAUCAACACUCUUCAGCAGUUGCUGUUUACCAACUACUUCAUGAGAAUGGCGCCGGAGAAGAUGGCUGCCGUUUUACAGCCCUCUAACCAAUUGUACUAUUAUGUGUGUUUUUAAUAAUAAUAAUAUGCCAUUUAGCAGACGCUUUUAUCCAAAGCGACUAACAGUCAUGCGUGCAUAAUUUUUUUUGUGUAUGGGUAGUCCCGGGGAUCAAAUCCACUACCUUGGCGUUACAUGCGCCAUGCUCUACCAGCUGAGCUACAGAGGACCGCGUUAUUUGUAAUUUAUUUUGUACAUAAUGUUUCUGCCAUCAUCUCUUAUAACCAAAAAGAGCUUCUGGAUAUCAGGACAGCGAUUACUCACCUCGUAUUGGACGAAGAUUUUUUCUUCAACGAGGCGGCCGCAAAGGAUAUCCUACAGACACCCGACAAGGCCCAAAUCCCCGUCAUUCGCAUGAGGAAGAGACGGAGAUAUCGUGGACGUAGGUCGGGGUGCCUUGUAAGGAUCCGACGGCGAGCGAGUAAACUGCCUCUCCCAUCAAUCCUAUUAGCCAAUCUUCAAUAAUUUUAGAAUAAAUUGGAUUACCUAAGAUUACGGUUAUCCUACCAACGGGACGUUAAAAACUGUAAUAUCUUGUGUUUCACCGAGUCGUGGCUGAACGUCGACAUGGACAACAUACAGCUAGCGGGCUAUACGCUACAUCGGCAGGAUAGAAUGGCUGACUCCGGUAAGACAAGGGGUGGCGGUCUGUGUAUAUUUGUAAACAACAGCUGGUGCACAAAAUCAAAUACUAAGGAAGUCUCAAGGUUUUGCUCGCCUGAGGUAGAGUAUCUUAUGAUAAGCUGUAGACCACACUAUUUACCAAGAGAGUUUUCAUCUAUAUUUUUCAUAGCUGUCUAUUUACCACCACAAACCAAUGCUGGCAUUAAGAUUGCACUGAAUGAGCUGUAUAAGGCCAUAAGUCACCAGGAAAAUGCUCAUCCAGAGGCAGCGCUCCUAGUGGCCGGGGACUUUAAUGCAGGGAAACUUAAAUCCGUUCUACCUCAUUUCUACCAGCAUGUUAAAUGUGCAACCAGAGGAAAAAAAACUCUAGACCACCUUUACUCCACACACAGAGAUGCAUACAAAGCUCUCCCUCGCCCUCCAUUUGGCAAAUCUGACCAUAACUCUAUCCUCCUGAUUCCUGCUUCUAAGCAAAAACUAAAGCAGGAAGCACCAGUGACUCGGUUAAUAAAAAAGUGGUCAGAUGACGCAGAUGCUAAGCUACAGGACUGUUUUGCUAGCACAGACUGGAACAUGUUCCGGGAUUCUUCAGAUAGCAUUGAGGAGUACACCACAUCAGUCACUGGCUUCAUCAAUAAGUGCAUCGAUGAUGUCGUCCCCACAGUGACCGUACGUACAUACCCCAACCAGAAGCCAUGGAUUACAGGAAACAUCCGCACUGAGCUGCCGCUUUCAAGGAGUGGGACCCAAAACCGGACGCUUAUAAGAAAUCCCGCUAUGCCCUCCGACGAACCAUCAAACAGGCAAAGAGUCAAUACAGGACUAAGAUUGAAUUGUACUACACCGGCUCUGACGCUCGUCGGAUGUGGCAGGGCUUGAAAACUAUUACAGACUACAAAGGGAAGCACAGCCGCGAGCUGCCCAGUGACACAAGACUUCCAGACGAGCUAAACCACUGCUAUGCUCGCUUCGAGGCAAGCAACACUGAAGCAUGCAUGAGAGCACCAGCUGUUCCGGAUGACUAUGUGAUCACGCUCUCCGUAGCCGAUGUGUGUAAGACUUUUAAGCAGGUCAACAUUCACAAGGCCGCAGGGCCAGCCGGAUUACCAGGACGUGUACUCCGAGCAUGUGCUGACCAACUGGCAAGUGUCUUCACUGACAUUUUCAACAUGUCCCUGACUGAGUCUGUAAUACCAACAUGUUUCAAGCAGACCACCAUAGUCCCCGUGCCCAAGGACACUAAGAUAACCUGCCUAAAUGACUACCGACCCGUAGCACUGACGUCUGUAGCCAUGAAGUGCUUUGAAAGGCUGGUCAUGGCUCACAUCAACACCAUUAUCCCAGAAACCCUAGACCCACUCCAAUUUGCAUACCGCCCCAACAGAUCCACAGAUGAUGCAAUCUCUAUUGCACUCCACACUGCCCUUUCCCAAAUGGACAAGAGGAACACCUACGUGAGAAUGCUAUUCAUUGACUACAGCUCAGCAUUCAAAACCCUAGUGCCCUCAAAGCUCAUCACUAAACUAAGGAUCCUGGGACUAAACACCUCCCUCUGCAACUGGAUCCUGGACUUCCUGAAGUGCCACCCCAGGUGGUAAGGGUAGGUAACAACACAUCUGCCACACUGAUCCUCAACACGGGGGCCCCUCAGGGGUGUGUGCUCAGUCCCCUCCUGUACUCCCUGUUCACCCAUGACUGCAUGGCCAGGCACGACUCCAACACCAUCAUUAAGUUUGCCGACGACACAAUAGUGGUAGGCCUGAUCACCGACAACGAUGAGACAGCCUAUAGGGAGGAGGUCAGAGACCUGGCCAUGUGGUGCCAGGAUAACAACCUCUCACUCACCGUGACCAAGACAAAGGAGAUGAUUGUGGACUACAGGGAAAAAAAGAGGACUGAUCACGCCCCCAUUCUCAUCGACAGGGCUGUAGUGGAACAGGUUGAGAGCUUCAAGUUCCUUGGUGUCCACAUCACCAAUGAACUAUCAUGGUCCAAACACACCAAGACAGUCGUGAAGAGGGCACGACAAAGCCUAUUCCCCCUCAGGAGACUGAAAAGAUUUGGCAUGGGUCCUCAGAUCCUCAAAAAAUUCUACAGCUGCACCAUCGAGAGCAUCCUGACUGGUUGCAUCACCGCCUGGUAUGGCAACUGCUUGGCCUCCGACCGCAAGGCACUACAGAGGGUAGUGCGUACGGCCCAGUAAAUCACUGGGGCCAAGCUUCCUGCCAUCCAGGACCUCUAUACCAGGCGGUGUCAGAGGAAGGCCCUCAAAAUUGUCAAAGACUCCAGCCACCCUAUCAUAGACUGUUCUCUCUGCUACCGCACGCAAGCGGUACCGGAGUGCCAAGUCUAGGUCCAAAAGACUUCUCAACAGCUUCUACCCCAAGUCAUAAGACUCCUGAACAGCUAAUCAUGGCUACCCAGACUAUUUGCACUGCCCCUCCACCCCCACCCCCCACCCCCCACCCCAUCUUUUUACGCUGCUGCUACUCUGUUAAUUAUUUAUGCAUAGUCACUUUAACUCUACCCACAUGUACAUAUUACCUCAACUACCUCAACUAGCCGGUGCCCCCGCACAUUGACUCUGCACCAGUAACCCCCUGUAUAUAUAGCCUCCCUACUGUUAUUUUAUUUUACUUCUGCUCUUUUUUUCUCAACACUUUUUUGUUGUUGUUUUAUUUUACUUUUUUAUUUAAAAUAAAUGCACUGUUGGUUAAGGGCUGUAAGUAAGCAUUUCACUGUAAUGUCUGCACCUGUUGUAUUCGGCGCAUGUGGCCAAUAAAAUUUGAUUUGAUUUGAUUUUACUUUAUGUCGUUUAGAAUUUAGAGCAAAAAUGACCUCUUUUUGUUUUGGUUGCUGCUGGAAUAUUUUUUUAUUGUGGUACCAGAGUUACUGUAGCAUAUAAGGGUUAUGGACCUAUUACUUUGACUACAUAGACAAUGCACUUCAAUCAACAAUACUGACCACCGAAUGUAGCCUAUGGGUAAUGUUGCCCUGGGGAUCGCUUGACCGCGGAUCUUGGACUGGGGAGUAAUGAUUGAUUAUUCCAAUGCUCCUAGAUUGAAGGAUAAAGUGUGUGUUGGAGUGUGUGGUUGGCCAGUCGGCUGGUCGGUGUGACGCGAGAUAACCUUUAGUAGUGCUGCCCCUGAGUGGCCCAGGCCGUUCUCUCUCCUCUCCACUCUCACCCCUCUUUCCCUCUCCCUUUUUUCUCCCCCUCUCUCCCCUCUCUUUAAUCCGGUUCUCUCUUUCAACCCCUUUCCUCUCUGACUGCUCUCCUCUCCCCUCACUCCAAUAUGUCUUCAAACUCCAUCCUCCUAGUUCUCUCCCCUCUUUCCACCUCUCUCUUUGUCCCUUUCACCGCUAUCUCCUGUUCUGUUUCUACUCUCUUCCUCCCUCUUCCCGUUCACCUCUUCCCUCUCUUCUACUCAGUCUCUCUUCCUCCCUCUUCCCAUUCACCUAUUUUCUCUCCCUUCUCCUCUCUCCUCUCCUCUUCCCUCUACCCAUGUCGGUCUGUCAUGGAACAGACCCAGGGAAAUUACAGGGCAAUCGCCGGACCGGGCCGGGCCGGGGAGUAAUUACAUAUUAUUUCACGGGUGGGCCUCUGUGAGUGAAAUUAACCUUCUACAGGUUAUUUGAGAGCACCUCUUAUUUUUCCAAGUGUGACAUUUUAAUCCCAGAGGUUAGAGCUCGCCUUCCCUUCCCAUGCCAGAUCACAGAUCCUGAAUCCUACAGCAUAAUGAAGCCAUUAAGUCAACGUGUGACUGUUCUGUUCAGUACUGGGAGCUCUGGGACUGUUAUGAUUGCCCUUAGCUUUCUCACCAUAAACUACAUCUCUCUCUUUCUUUCUCUCUCUCACACACUCUCUCUCUCUCUGUCUCUCUCUCCAUCCAGGUUACAACACAGUGGUUCGGAUCCCUGCAGGAGCCACCAACAUCGAUAUUAAACAGGUCAGCUACUCUGGGAAGCCGGAGGAUGACAACUACCUCGGUGAGUGUGUGUGUGUGUACGUGUGUGAGUGUACGUGUGUGUGUCUUCACUGUUCUGGAUGUCACCUCAGUCCCCUGUGCUCAUGUGUGAUGGUGUCACUAGUUCGCCACUGCCUCACACAAGGCCAACUCACUCACAGCCAGUUUAUUACCAAUUAUUUCUAACUAUAGAGGCUUAUAGCGAUUUGUAUUGGUGCCCCUUUAAAUGGUGGACAUCAUACAAUAGGUCAAUGUGAUUCUCCCCCUCCUUUAUCAAAUUGAAGCCAUUGGUCAGAACAUGGUUACCCACCAGCGACCUCAGCUGUAGGGACAAGGUGAGGAAGGGGGUGAGGAAGUAUGAACUAAUGCCAAACCACUGGUCAUUUAUACCAGUCAGAAUGUAUAUGGAGGAAGCAUGGCGGGGCGUGGGCCCAUAUAGUCAGGUCAUAAGGGAUAACUGGGAAAGCAAACGGAGUGGCAGAAUGAGAGGAUGAUGAAUGAGUGUAGAAUAGGUGCUAAUUAGAGGCAUGUGUAACCAGGCCUGAUGAAAGUAGAUAGGGGCUGGGUGAGAUGGACCAUGGCAAUGGCUGUGUGUGUGUGUGUGUGUGUGUGUGUGUGUGUGUGUGUGUGUGUGUGUGUGUUUGAAAUUCUUCAUUUAAUAAAACAACAAACUUUUGAGUGUAGUUUUUAUGCCGUGCACCCCAUAAAAAGACAUAAGUCACAUUUCCCUGCUCAGACGUUGCAUGCAUUGCUAUAACAUAUGAUGUGGUUAGCUGAGACUUGAAAUAUCUAUCCAGGCCUUGUAAGAUCUGGCAUGUCGCGUUCCCCUGCUCAGCCAUUGCAUGCAUCAACCAGUGGUUGCAUGCCAGUCAUUGACUGUGCCUUGGGCACCAGAUUGCUAUAACAUAUGUGGUUAGCUGAUAUGUAAGACUGAUUCCCAUUUUGGGCCCCGUGUAGCUCAGUUGGUAGAGCAUGGUGUUUGCAACGCCAGGGUUGUGGGUUCGAUUCCCACGGGGGGCCAGUAUGAAAAAAAAAAAAUUAUGCACUCACUAACUGUAAGUAGCUCUGCAUAUCCAGGCAUUGUAAGAUCUGGCAUACGUCAGCAAUGCCUGGGCAGAGGAAUGAGACAAUAGCCGACCUUAGCCUACACACGUUUCACGCGUGUAGCUUGUUGUUAUUGUCGGCCAAUCAAAGUGGCACUACCGUCAAAGGCUCCAUGUGUAGCAAGCAACGUGGAGUGGAAGAUCUCUAAUCAAAGCAAAAUAUAAUUAAAAUUACGGAAUUAAGUUAGCUAAAUGAGAAGGAGUAUGCUACAACGAGCAACCGACAGGUAGGCUGCUGUUUAAUCUGGAUGGAGUUAUUGUAGACAAGGACGGGGAGCAUAGCAAAAUAGCCUCAAUUCACCUAGCUAGCUGGCUAUCUUAGCUAGCUUCUUUACAUUGAUUUGAUUCAGUAAAGACAGGCACAACCAGGUGGGAUGAUUGGUAACCUAUGGCAUCUACAAGUUAGUCUAACUAACACGAGUCGGUAUGGCUACUGUUUCUCUCUCUCUCCCUCCCGUGUCAGACACCUUGUAAUUUCACAAAUAAUGAAAUUAUUUCAAAUGCCCAUCACCCUACUGGAAUGCCCAUUCAUAGACGCUAACUACCUUUAGCACCUAUUAAUGAAGGUAUCUUCUUCCUGGGGGCCUUUCGUUAAGAGGCCCGACGCCUGCUCUAAACGUUGACACGGAUCGCUUGCGGUACGGUUUUGGAAACAUAAGGAACGUAUCUUUCAUGUCAGCAAGAAAUAAUAAUAAAUAAAAUAAAAGUUUAGAUUACUACACACCUGUAUAGAGUUAGGGCAGUAAGUGUAUCUUUUUUAUUUGAAAGAUUAUUUCUCACUGAUUUGAAAGAUAAGGGCCAUAUGUUUCGAAAACCGAUCGCAAGCGAUCGGUUUUGUAGUUCACAUGGCCAGCAGUGGGCAAAGCUAAUCGCUGAAAGGGUUUUCGAGAGCCACUGGAGACCUAAUCACACACAUUGUUUCAACAUGGGCUCUCUCACAUUGUAAUUACUACAUAUUUCUCAGGACCAUAAUUUGUGUGUGUUGAAGGGGGUAGCUAGUUGGUGUUUUGUUGUUAGUGUGUAUACGAGGGUUGGUUCAGCAUGUGUGCGUUUGUCUUUUGUGUUUGUGCGUGCUUUUAUGCACUUGUUUUGAUUUGUAGGCUACUUUGUUAGCAUUGUAAUGUCAGUCAGUAAGGAGCGUCAUGCAGUCUAGCUCCAAAUUACUGCAAUUUGGAGCCACCAAUUUUUCUACUUACCCCCAUGCAACUAUGGCAUUGCAGAACAUUAUUGGUUUGAAGUCAAAUGUGUUGAGGCUAUAUUUUCUAUUUAUUUUUUCUAUUUUUUUGUUUCCUUUCAGCUUUAUCUGACAGCCAUUCUAACUUUCUCCUGAAUGGAAACUUUGUGGUGGCCAUGUUCAAAAGGGAAAUCACCUUCAAGGGAACCGUCAUUGAGUACAGCGGCUCAGACACCAAAGAGGAGCGCAUCAACUGCACUGAACGCAUUGAGGUGGAACUCAUCCUACAGGCAAGGCUGACUUCUCUCUCUCUCUCUCUCUCUGUCUGUCUGUCUCUCUCCCUCUCCUUCCCCAUCUCUCCUUCUAUAUUGUUAAAGCUCUUCCCCCUAUCAUUGUUGCCCUAGGUCCUGUGUGUGGGGAACCUGUACAACCCAGACGUGCGCUACUCGUUCAAUAUCCCCAUCGAGGAGCACAGGGAACAGUUUGUGUGGGACCCCUCGGGCUCCUGGCUGGAGUGCAGCCGCAUGUGUCAGGGUAAGGUCAUAGUCGUCCACCCAAUUACCCAUGUGUCCUUGCAGCCCCUCUGCUCUGACCCGGUUGAUCACAUCCCAGCACACCAGGGUUCCCCAAUAGAAUAUACAGUGCAUUCGGAAAGUAUUCAGACCCCUUGACUUUUCCCACAUUUUGUUAUGUUACAGCCUUAUUCUAAAAUGGAUGAAAUAAAUCUACAAUCUACAUACAAUAUCCCAUAAUGACAAAGCGAAAACAGGUUUUUAGAAAUGUGUGCAAAUGUAUUAAAAAAUAUAAACAGAAAUACCUUAUUUACAUACGUAUUUAGAUUGUUUGCAAUGAGAAUCGAAAUUGAGCUCAGGUGCAUCCUGUUUCCAUUGAUCAUCCUUGGGAUGUUUCUACAACUUGAUUGGAGUCCACCUGUGGUAAAUUCAAUUGAUUGGACAUUAUUUGGAAAGGCACACCUGUCUAUAUAAGGUCCCACAGUUGACAGUGCAUGUCAGAGCAAAAACCAAGCCAUGAGCUUGAAGGAAUUGUCCGUAGAGCUCCGGGGAUUGUGUCGAGGCACAGAUCUGGGGAAGGAUACCAAAAAUGUCUGCAGCAUUGAAGGUCCCCAAGAACACAGUGGCCUCCAUCAUUCUUAAAUGGAAGAAGUUUGGAACCACCAAGACUUUUCCUAGAGCUGGCCGCCCGGCCAAACUGAGCAAUCGGGGGAGAAGGGCCUUGGUCAGGGAGGUGACCAAGAACCUGAUGGUCACUCUGACAGAGCUCCAGCAUUCCUCUGUGGAGAUGGUUGUCCUUCUGGAACGUUUUCCCAUCUCUGCAGCACUCCACCAAUCAGGCCUUUAUGGUAGAGUGGCCAGACGGAAGCCACUCCUCAGUAAAAGGCACAUGACAGCCGCUUGGAGUUUGCCAAAAGGCACCUAAAGGACUCAGACCAUGAGAAACAAGAUUCGCUGGUCUGAUGAAACCAAGAUUGAACUCUUUGGCCUGAAUGCCAAGCGUCAAUUCUGGAGGAAACCUGGCACCUUCCUAAUAUUGAGUUACACCCCCCCCCCCCCCCCCCCCCCCCCCCUUUGCCCUCAAAACAGCCAUUCUUGAAACACACAGGAAACUGUUGAGCGUGAAAAACCCUGCAGCGUUGCAGUUCUUGACACAAACCGGUGCGCCUGGCACCUAAUACCAUAUCCCGUUCAAAGGCACUUAAAUAUUUUGUCUUGCCCAUUCACCCACUGAAUGGCACACAUACACAAUCCAUGUCCCAAUUUUCUCAAGGCUUAAAAAUCCUUAUUUAACCUGUCUCCUCUAACAAGUGACAUCAAUAAGGGAUCAUAGCUUUCACCUGGAUUCACCUGGUCAGUCUGUCAUGUUCUUAAUGUUUUGUACACUCAGUGUAUAUUACUACUAUUAUUAUUAUUAUUAUUAUUAUUGUCUCAUUCACUUCUUUUUUUUAACCUGCACUGUUGGAGCUCAGUGCAUAAGAGUUUUACUGUACCCUGCGAUUACAUCUGCGACCCUGUGCAUGUGUCUAAUAAACUCAUCUAAUCUAAUCUAGGCGGCCUGCAGGCCAAAAACAGUAUUUUUGUUCUUGGACAAAACAGUCUGUAAAAUAACCAGGAAAUGAGCUCAAAGUAAUUUUAAUUUAGGAAAUCUGUUUCCAAGUAUUCCCAUGCAUAAAUACAGAGGCACGUGAUCGUAUCCCAUGUUAUCAAGUUUUUAAAUUAUUCUGUUUUUGUCAAAUACUAUAUCUGUUUGGCAUUAUUGUGGUCAGUUUGCAGUGUACAAAUUAUUUAUAACUAUGCUUUGUAACUAUGCUCAAGAAAAUACCGGACCAUGGCUGAAUGUAAUUGGGGACUCCUGCAGUACACCUUCCACCCCCUGAGCCUAGAAGCAGGGGCUGAUACUUCCUUUGUCUCAGAUCAUACAGUAUCCUUAGCAGGAUCCAGUUGAAACUGUUUGAUCCCAGCCCUACUAAGACCAUUAGGACUGGGACCAAAUGACAGGAAGUUGAUCCUUGGCAGUCGAUCCUUUAGCCAGAUGGGGUCUAAUUCAAACCUUGCCUAUGUGUGUCCGGCAAUUGCUAGCUUUUGGCCGAUUUCUAUUUAAUUUUUAAAGACAAUAUGACCAGUAGAAAAAUAAAUCCCAUUGCAAAAUAAUGCUUUUUAUUCAUUGAUGGAAAUACCAGUAGAUGGAAAUACAUUUGGCCAUCAUGCUUAUCGGUCUAAUUUACAUAAAUUAGUGGAAUUAAAUUGGCUUGUGUGUAUUUUCGUUAGUUAUCAUGUAUCUUAUUUAUCCAACACAACUAUCACAUGUGCACAGAUACUAUUUUGAGCUGGAUUUCUCCUGCUGCUCCUCAGCUGGUUGCUGCUGGAGGAAAACAUGUGCUUUUAUAAGCCCAUUCAUUGAGCAAUUCUUUUUUUACAUUUUAAAUUUUUUGUAAUUUAUCAGAUGCUCUUAUCCAGAGCGACUUACAGUAGUGAGUGCAUACAUUUUCAUAUUUGUUCGUAUAACUCUAAAUGCAAUUCUAAAUGCAAUCUCGUGUUUCAAAACUGUUUUGGUGCACGAUUAAAAAGAGCUACUAUUUGUAUUUCUCAACUGGUUAAUUAAAGCGCAUGUCCCAUUCACCAUUCAAGUGAAAGCAACAGGCUAUCAGCGUGUCACCCACCACUUUACAAUGGGAGCUGGAGGCAGUAUGCAUUUUGAAAACAUACUUAACUGUUUGAAACCUGAAUGUUUUAUUUCAUAUUAUGAGGCAUGUCUUACCUUGCUUCAAAGUAGCCAAUAGGCAACAUCCUACCAUGGAAACAUGGAGGCAAUUAUUUUAUAAAGACUUCAUAGGCGGCGCGUGAGUUUCAAGUUUUGGGAAGCUUACAAUUUAUCCUACCAUUUUUACCAUUCUGCGUGCCUGUUAUGAUUUUCAUAUGCACAUUUUCGUGAAACUGUUUCAUUUCAAUAAGUGUUUUCGUUUCUCAAAAUCAUUGUCACGUGGUUAAUCAUAAAAAUCUGAAUUAAAAUGCCAUAUGGACACAUUGAAACACCGUGAUCCAUUGGCGGCUAAAGAAAUGAGGGCGUUGAACUCAUAGCCUAUAGGCCAAUGCAGCAGUAGGCCUAUAACUUCCAUUGCUCUUUCACAACGAGGAUUGGUGAUUAUUGAGGGGGAGAUUGUUGGAAAGACUUACUGUGAGGAACUAUGGUUUUAAUAUAUCAUUCAUAAUGGAUGUUUAAAAAACACUUUCCUACAUUUCCGCGCAGCAGUCCAGGUACUUCUAUGCGUGCUCAGGCGCGUGCUCCCUCAACAUUAUGAGGACAGAGAAACCAGACACAUGUUCAUUGCUCACAUGGAGCAGUCCAAACAAAAUAUAAUUUUAAAAAUGACAAAUCUCGGAAAUGUUGGUUAUGAAAUAAACAAAAACUUGUUUCUCACAAGUUUAGCAGGUUGUGAACUCUGCAAACAACGUUUCCACUCAGAGAUUGAGAAUAGUAAAUGUAUGUAACCAAAUGAUGGGGAUUAACGGUACAUUUACUACUCAUGACAAUGAAACAAUGAAUGCACAAGAAUUGGCGGGAGUCAGCUGAGCCAUUCUGGGGAGAGACUCCCCUCCCCUUCUUGUCUCAACAUUUUAAAUUAUACUCAAGACACAUUAUCUUCACACAUAUUUUAGAUGUUUUCACUGACAGCCGCAACUCAAUAAUCAGCUAAAUCUAUUGCCGCGCGCACUGCCCAAAUUGCGGCUUCCCAAAUAGGCAUAGGCCUACGAGCUUGUGAUUUGAAACAAUCCACAGCUAUUAAAAAAAAAAGAAACUAAUGAUCCUCGAUUCCUCUGUGGCUAACUCAUGCUUUCUGGUGAAGUAUUUUUUAUGAUUUUACUUCCUUCUGUAUAGACAGGAGUAAUUAUAUAAUGUUGGGACAUUUAUUUACUUAUCUAUUGGACUCUAUUGGACCCCUAUGCCAUUUCUCUCCUGUUCAAUUGCUUUUCAUAUCAACUUUAUUUUAUUGUCCAGAAGCCAAAGGCACAAUCCUAGUCAUAUUAGCAACCCAUCCUAGUUGUUGCAUCUUCAGAUUCCCCCUCUUUCUACGUUCAGUCACAUAUGGAACCGUUAUCAGGUGCGCUGUUUAGAAUGGUGUUUUCCCGCGAAUUACAUUUUGGCAAAUGUUUGAAAAUGACAUGAGUUGCGUGUUCUGUUAAGAUGCAUUACCAUAAUCUAAAUGUGAUUUCUGUCAUUCUGAGCACCGUGGGUGGACAACGUAAUGGGUUAUGCACCCAAUGCUUAUGUGUCCGGUAAAUUUCUCAAAUGGCCGAUAAAUUAAAAUCUUCCUGGUCACAUUUUCCUAACAGAAACCCUGAUGUGUGUGUGUGUAGGUGAGCGACGGCGCAAGGCGGCAUGUGUGAGGAAGAGUGACCACCUGGGGGUUUCUGACCAGCGCUGUGAGCAUCUACCCCCUCCCAACGCUGGCACUGAGCCAUGUAACACUGACUGUGAACUCCGGUAGAUACAAACAAACACACACACACACCACAACCAAACACACACACUCUCACUGUAUAUCUGUUAAACCUAAACUAACCCAUAUAGCCUGUUUGCAGGUGGCAUGUAGCAGGGAAGAGUGAGUGUUCUGCUAAGUGUGGCCCUGGCUACCGGACUCUGGACGUGCAGUGUAUGAGGUACAGCUCGGUGAAGAGGCAGAGUGAGAGGGUGGAGGGUAGGGCCUGUUCUGACCUACCCAAACCCCAGGCCAGAGAGGCCUGCCACGGCGACUGUCUGCUCAAGAGCUGGCAGUACAGCGCCUGGUCCCAGGUCAGUGGAAACAACAGUCAAAGACACACAUCAUCUAAGUGAAAGAUGAUUAUAAUACUUGUUUUCAUUAUGUGAUGCUAUUGCACAUUGUCUUGAAAAAAGCCUAUUUUCUUUGUCUUCUCAUGCAUGACAGAUGUUACUUGACUUUUGCUUCCAUGUUACUAUAAAUAAACAUGAUGUAGACUCAAGGUAAAAGUGGGUAUUUUAUACGUUUGGUGCAGUGCUUUUGUUAGGCUUUUGUGCAGUACAUGUUGAAUGGUGAAUCUAAUGCUGAUUCUAAUGUGUUGUGACAUGUGCAGUGUUCUAAGACAUGUGGUCGCGGGGCUCGUACUAGGGACUCCUACUGUAUGAACAAUCUGGGGAGGAGACUAGUGGACAGGGAGUGUAGUGACUACCAGAGACUGGUCACCGAGAGCUGCAACAACCAGGCCUGCCCUGGCUGGUCAGCCAGCGAGUGGAGUGAGGUACAGGACACACAUGCACGCGCACACACACACACACACACACACACACACACACACACACACACACACACACACACAUAAACACGUCUAUAAACACACAUUAUAUAAACAUUCCUACACACAUAAUAACACACACAUAAAUACUGUAUAUACAUGCUUUAUAAACUAUAUACAGUGGGGAGAACAAGUAUUUGAAGACUCCUGAACAGCUAAUCAUGGCUACCCGGACUAUUUGCACUGCCCCCCCACCCCAUCCUUUUUACGCUGCUGCUACUCUGUUAAGUAUUUAUGCAUAGUCACUUUAACUCUACCCACAUGUACAUAUUACCUCAACUACCUCAACUAGCCGGUGCCCCCGCACAUUGACUAUGCAACGGUACCCCCCUGUAUAUAUAGCCUCCCUACUGUCACUUUAUUUUACUGUAUAUAUAGCCUCCCUACUGUCACUUUAUUUUACUUCUGCUCUUUUUUUCUCAACACUUUUUUGUUGUUGUUUUAUUCUUACUUUUUUGUUUAAAAUAAAUGCACUGUUGGUUAAGGGCUGUAAGUAAGCAUUUCACUGUAAUGUCUGCACCUGUUGUAUUCGGCGCAUGUGACCAAUAAAAUUUGAUUUGAUUUGAUUUGAUAUUUGAUACACUGCCGAUUUUGCAAGUUUUCCUACUUACAAAGCAUGUAGAGGUCUGUAAUUGUUAUCAUAGGUACACUUCAACUUUUGCAUUUUAUUGCAUGACAUAAGUAUUUGAUACAUCAGAAAAGCAGAACUUGAUAUUUGGUACAGAAACCUUUGUUUGCAAUUACAGAGAUCAUACGUUUCCUGUAGGUCUUGACCAGGUUUGCACACACUGCAGCAGGGAUUUUGGCCCACUCCUCCGUACAGACCUUCUCCAGAUUCUUCAGGUUUCGGGGCUGUCGCUGGGCAAUACGGACUUUCAGCUCCCUCCAAAGAUUUUCUAUUGGGUUCAGGUCUGGAAACUGGCUAGGCCACUCCAGGACCUUGAGAUGCUUCUUACGGAGCCACUCCUUAGUUGCCCUGGCUGUGUGUUUCGGGUCGUUGCCAUGCUGGAAGACCCAGCCACGACCCAUCUUCAAUGCUCUUACUGAGGGAAGGAGGUUGUUGGCCAAGAUCUCGCGAUACAUGGCCCCAUCCAUCCUCCCCUCAAUACGGUGCAGUCGUCCUGUCCCCUUUGCAGAAAAGCAUCCCCAAAGAAUGAUGUUUCCACCUCCAUGCUUCACGGUUGGGACGGUGUUCUUGGGAUUGUACUCAUCCUUCUUCUUCCUCCAAACACGGUGAGUGGCGUUUAGACCAAAAAGCUCUAUUUUUGUCUCAUCAGACCACAUUACCUUCUCCCAUUCCUCCUCUGGAUCAUCCAGAUGGUCAUUGGCAAACUUCAGACGGGCCUGGACAUGCGCUGGCUUGAGCAGGGGGACCUUGCGUGCGCUGCAAGAUUUUAAUCCAUGACGGCGUAGUGUGUUACUAAUGGUUUUCUUUGAGACUGUGGUCCCUGCUCUCUUCAGGUCAUUGACCAGGUCCUGCCAUGUAGUUCUGGGCUGAUCCCUCACCUUCCUCAUGAUCAUUGAUGCCCCACGAGGUGAGAUCUUGCAUGGAGCCCCAGACCGAGGGUGAUUGACCGUCAUCUUGAACUUCUUCCAUUUUCUAAUAAUUGCGCCAACAGUUGUUGCCUUCUCACCAAGCUGCUUGCCUAUUGUCCUGUAGCCCAUCCCAGCCUUGUGCAGGUCUACAAUUUUAUCCCUGAUGUCCUUACACAGCUCUCUGGUCUUGGCCAUUGUGGAGAGGUUGGAGUCUGUUUGAUUGAGUGUGUGGACAGGUGUCUUUUAUACAGGUAACGAGUUCAAACAGGAGCAGUUAAUACAGGUAAUGAGUGGAGAACAGGAGGGCUUCUUAAAGAAAAAUUAACAGGUCUGUGAGAGCCGGAAUUCUUACUGGUUGGUAGGUGAUCAAAUACUUAUGUCAUGCAAUAAAAUGCAAAUUAAUUACUUAAAAAUCAUACAAUGUGAUUUUCUGGAUUUUUGUUUUAGAUUCCGUCUCUCACAGUUGAAGUGUACCUAUGAUAAAAAUUACAGACCUCUACAUGCUUUGUAAGUAGGAAAACCUGCACAUUUGGCAGUGUAUCAUACUUGUUCUCCCCACUGUACGUAUCAAUGAAAGCACACACAUUUGGUCUAACAUAUACACAUGCACACACACACUUUGAGGAUAACACACAAUCACCCUCCCCCACUCACACAUGCCCUUCAUACACACAAACACUUGUGUAUACUUUAUUCAACCUGAUCUCGCAGUUUCACUUCGGAAUUUGCCGUAAUUGGAUGAACGUCGAUUUUUGACACAUUAAUUCCACGUGGUUACAGGGUUAAAACAGAAACAACUCAAAGGGUUAAGCUUUGAGCCUCGUUAGUUUGAGCCCAGUGCUGUGCCAUCGUGUGUUUUUUUUAGUUUUUUUGGUGAGCGCAGACAAAGGCAUAUAUAGACGUCCUCAGGACCUUUUCAAACGUCGAUCGACAGCUCUUUGUUGUGACCAACUUGACUUUAUUAGUCUUCCUCCUACAUCCUAUCUUUCCCUCUGUGUCCCCUCCCAGUGCUUGGUGACGUGUGGGAAGGGGAUGAGGCACAGGCAGGUGUCCUGUAGCAUGGGGUUAGGAGAGGAGAAGCUGAGCGAACACUUCUGUGACCCGAACACUAAGCCUCCGGCUGUGGGGAGCUGUGAGCUGCCAGAGUGUGCCUCCUGGCAGGUCGGAGUCUGGGGACCGGUGAGUCCAGAUGGGUCUGUGUGUCUGUGUGUGUAAGGGUGGGUGCUUGUGUGUGCGUGUGUCUGACAGAAUCAGACUCUUGGUGUGCGUCUGUUUGAAUCUUAGUGUGUGCAUAGGAGUAUAUGUGCAAUAAUGAAUGUUGGAGGAUGUAACAUUAUAGUGUGUGUUAUUUAUGUCUGGCUGCACAUACCGUGUAUCCCCUUCUUUCCCAGUGUGUUUAAGUGGUGUUUGUCAGUGUGUCUGUGUGUGGGGUCAGAUUUACUCCGACAGGAUAUGAGAGCAGAGUUAAAGCGCUAGGGAGGAAAUGGCAGCUCAAGUCAGAGCACACCGCUCCAUAACUCACCAGGCUAUUUGGUUUCCCCAAUGCCUUAGAACACAUACACUCACACACACCUUCUGAGUCUGCUAGUCCAAUGCUCUCAGUCUAUACGCUAGAGGUCUUCACGAGUCCAAGAAGUUGGACCCGGCCCCGAACGGACCCAAGGGCAAUCAGACAUGACCCGAAUGGACCCAAUCAUAAAAAAUAAAAAAAUGGGGACCUGAAUGGACCUGAGAACAAUCAGACCCGAACCCGAAUGGACCUGGGGAUAACUCGACCUAGACCAGACCCGAUUGGACCCAAGACAAAAUAAUAUGUUUUUCUGCCAAGUUGCUCUUCUGGUUAACGAGUAAGUCUUUAUAUGUUGGCUAAGCCGUCUAUAAGUCAAUAAAUUAACCUUAUUAGCGUAAAAUAAAUAUGUUAUAAGCUAUGCAGAGCCGUGAUCGGGUCCGUUCUGAUCCACUCAGCUGUAAUUACAUAGACCGAAGACCUGAUGACAAUCAAACAGGACCCAACCCUGACCCGAGGGAAAAGUUAGAAUUUCAGACCCGGGUCGGGUCUCAGGUAUAUCUGGUCCACCCAGACCCAUGAAGACCUCUACUAUUCGCACACCUGGUCUGGAGAUAUAGUUUGAAAUGAAUGAAUGAAUGAAUGAAUGGAUGAAUGAAUGAAUGAAUGAAUGAGUGACCAUUCAUUGACUCAACUGAACGAGUUGGUGGGCGGGAUACUCAGAUACUUCUAUUUAUCAGAGCUGGUAUAUACAGUAUCUGUCUGUUAUUGCCUAUGUAAUCAUAAUCUACUGCUCAAAUAAACCUAUCCUGCAGCACUUCCUCCACAUUCUCAACACCAAAUGUGCACCCCUACACACGCACACACACACGCAGAGAUCUGGGGUAGUCCCGUGUAGCUCAGUUGGUAGAGCAUGUCGUUUGCAACGGCAGGGUUGUGGGUUCGAUUCCCACGGGGGGCCAGUAUGAACAAAAAUAUUUUAAAAAAUGUAUGCACUCACUAACUGUAAGUCGCUCUGGAUAAGAGCGUCUGCUAAAUGACUAAAAUGUAAAUGUAAGGUGGACUUCUGGGGAGGUAGUAGGCUUAAACUACACUGAGUUAGACUGGGCUUAGCUGGGCUAGACUCUGUGCCAGCCAAGGUUUUACUGUCAAUCCUUUUGGAGACUCAGACCAUUGUCUGACCCUGUGUGUCUCUCUCCUGUGUGUUGUUGCAGUGUGCGGUGACGUGUGGCCAUGGUUACCAGAUGCGGGCUGUGAGGUGUGUGUCAGGGGCGUAUGGUGACACGGUGGAUGACAGGGAGUGUAACGCAGCAUCCAGACCCAGGGACAGCCAGGACUGUGAGGUGGCGCCGUGUCCCUGGGCCUCUCCUCCACACAGCACCGUCCGCCCUGACACCUCUGGUCAGCUCUUCACACAGUGGAGAUACGGCUCCUGGACCACGGUGAGCACGGCAACGGCUCACACACACACCCUUAUAUAGGCUCAUACACACACACCCUUAUGUAGGCUCAUACACACACACCCUUAUAUAGGCUCACACACACACACCCUUAUAUAGGCUCAUACACACUCACCCUUAUAUAGGCUCAUACACACACACCCUUAUAUAGGCUCACACACACACACCCUUAUGUAGGCUCAUACACACUCACCCUUAUAUAGGCUCAUACACACUCACCCUUAUGUAGGCUCAUACACACACACCCUUAUGUAGGCUCAUACACACUCACCCUUAUAUAGGCUCAUACACACUCACCCUUAUAUAGGCUCACACACACACACCCUUAUAUAGGCUCAUACACACACACCCUUAUGUAGGCUCAUACACACACACCCUUAUAUAGGCUCAUACACACUCACCCUUAUAUAGGCUCAUACACACUCACCCUUAUAUAGGCUCAUACACACUCACCCUUAUAUAGGCUCAUACACACUCACCCUUAUAUAGGCUCAUACACACAAACCCUUAUAUAGGCUCAUACACACACACCCUUAUAUAGGCUCAUACACACACACCCUUAUAUAGGCUCAUACACACUCACCCUUAUGUAGGCUCAUACACACUCACCCUUAUAUAGGCUCAUACACACUCACCCUUAUAUAGGCUCAUACACACACACCCUUAUAUAGGCUCAUACACACUCACCCUUAUAUAGGCUCAUACACACACACCCUUAUAUAGGCUCAUACACACUCACCCUUAUAUAGGCUCAUACACACUCACCCUUAUGUAGGCUCAUACACACUCACCCUUAUAUAGGCUCAUACACACUCACCCAUAGGCUCAUACACACUCAUGUACAGUAGCUCACUCUGCCUCACCAUCACUACCCCUCAGACUGGUACACUGGUUUAUAGAAUGCAGCACACCCCUGCUUCACACACACACUCCCUCACCCUAGUCUCAGCAGUCAGUCAGCCUUGUUUAGGUCUAGGCUAAGAGGCUUCUGUCUGUCUGUAAUGCUUUGCAUUGUUUUCCAGUGCAAAUGAAAAACAGAUCUCUGUCUAAACACCAGGCUUGUGUUUCAAACAUGAAUCUCAGACUAUCAGUGUGCCUGACAGAGAGGCUGUGAGCUCGCAUGUCUAAGAGGAGGCAAGUGUGGUCCCUCAGAAAAAACACACAUUCCCCUCAGAAGUGAUACUGUCAUCCUCUCGUGUGAAGACAUGGAUAAUUGGGUGUCAUCAUUACGAUUGGGAUACUGUAUUUACAUGUGUAUUUUAGAUGGUGCCUUUUGAUUGCAUUAGGUAUUUACCCCUUGGUAAUGUUCACUAUGUCCUCCUGUUGAGUUCGCUCGGGUGCAGCUAGAAGAUCACCAGGUGAAAACCUUAUGGAGCAGUCUUUUAUGACGAUAGAGAGAAUUAAUUACAAAUUAUUCACACAAAUACAGUUAGUUACAGUUACAGAGUAAGUGGCUGAAGUGAUGUCUCAAACACUUGUAGAAAGAGACUUGUUAUAUACCAGUAUGAGUUGAUAUACUAAGCUACAGGACUGUUUCGCUAGCACAGACUGGAAUAUAUUCCGGGACUCAAUUUGAGGAGUUUACCACAUCAGUCACCGACAUCAUUAAUAACUGCAUUGACGAUGUCGUACCCACUGUGACCGUACCUACAUAUCCCAACCAAAAGCCAGACAACAUCCGCACUGAGCUAAAAGCUAGAGCUGCCGCUUUCAAGGAGCGAGACACUAACCCGGACGCUUAUAAGAAAUUCUGCUACGCCCGCCGACGGACCAUGAAACAGGCAAAGCGUCAAUACAGGACUAAGAUCGAAUCCUACUACACCGGCUCUGACACUCGUCAGAUGUGGCAGGGCUUGCAAACUAUCCCGGAUUACAAAGGGAAACCCAGCCACGAGCAACACUGAACCAUGCAUGAGAGCACCAGCUGUUCCGGAUGACUGUGUGAUCUCGCUCUCCAUAGCCGAUGUGAGUAAGACCUUUAACAUUCACAAGGCCGCAGGGCCAGACGGAUGACCAGGAUGCAUACUCAGAGCAUGCGCUGACCAGCUGGCAAGCGUCUUCACUUACAUUUUCAACCUUGCCCUGACCCAGUCUGUAAUACCUACAUGUUUCAAUCAGACCACCAUAGUCCCUGUGCCCAAGAACGCCAAGGUAACCUGUCUAAAUUACUAUCGCCCCAUACCACUCACAUCUGUAGCCAUGAAAUGCUUUGAAAGGCUGGUCAUGGCUCAUGUAAACACCAUCAUCCCAGACACACUGGACCCACUCCAAUAACACAUAUCGUCCCAACAGAUCCACAGAUGACGUAAUCUCUAUUGCACUCCAACCUGCCCUACGUGAGAAUGCUGUUCAUUGACCACAGCUCAGCGUUCAACACCAUAGUGCCCUCCAAGCUCAUCACUAAGCUAAGGACCCUGAACACUGAACACCUCCCUCUGCCACUGGAUCCUGGACUUCCUGACGGGACGCCCCCAGGUGGUGAGGGUAUGCAACAACACAUCCGCCACGCUGACUUUCAACACGGGGGCCCUCAGGGGUGCGUGCUUAGUCCCCUCCUGUACUCGCUGCUCACCCACGACUGCGUGGCAGCGCAUGACUCAAAGAAUUAUUAAGUUUGCUGACGACACGACAGUGGUAGGCCCAAAUAAUCGACGAUGAUGAGACAGCCUAUAGAGAGGUGGUCAGAGACCUGGCAGUGUGAUGCUCAGACAACAGCCUUUCCCUCAACAUCAGCAAGACAAAGAAGCUGAUCAUGGACUACAGGAAACGGAGGGUAGAGCACGCCCCCAUUCACAUCGACAGGGCUGUAGUGGAGCGGGUCAAGAGCUUCAAGUUCCUCGGGGUCCACAUCACUAAGGACCUAUCAUGGUCCAAACACAACAACACAGCCGUGAAGAGGGCACGACAAGUCCUCUUCCCCCUUAGGAGGCUGAAAAGAUUUGGCAUGGGUCCUCAGAUCCUCGAAAAAGUAAUACAGCUGCACCAUUGAGAGCAUCUUGACUGGCUGCAUCACCGCUUGGUAUGGCAACUGCUUGGCAUCCGACCGCAAAGCGCUACAGAGGGUAGUGCAUUUUGCCCAGUACAUCACUGGGGCCGAGCUCCCUGCCAUUCAGGACCUCUAUACUAGGCGGUGUCAGAGGAAGGGCCUAAAAAUUGACUCCAGCCACCCAAGUCAUAGACUGUUUACUCUGCUACCGCACAGUAAGCGGUAGUGAUGAACCAAGUCUGGAACCAACUGGACCCUGAACAGCUUCUACCCCCAAGCCGUAAGACUGCUAAAUAGUUAGUCCGUGUAGCUAUUUUAUGAACUAUUUAGCUAUCUGCAUUGUCUUUUUGCAGAAACCUUUUUUUGACUAAUCACAUACGCUGCUGCUACUGUUUACUAUCUGUCACUUUAUUCCUAGUUACAUGGACAAAUCUACCUCAAUUACCUCAUACUCCUGCACAUCCACUCGGUACUGGUACCCCUUGUAUAUAGGCAAGUUAUCGUUACUCAUUGUGUAUUUAUUAUUGCUUUUGUUAUUACGUGUUUUACUUUUUUAUUAUUUCUCUAUUUUCUUUCUCUCUGCAUUGCUGGGAAGGGCCCGUAAGUAAGCAUUUCACUGUUAGUACACACCUGUUGUUUACAAAGCAUGUGACAAAUAAGAAUUGAUUUGAUUUGUAGUAUUAGAUAUAGAAGAGAGAAAGUUUGACACAAUGCUUUUACUGUACGUCUGAUCUUACAUUUGUAUGUGUUCCUCUGUGUGCCUGUCUCAGUGCUCUGUGUCCUGUGGGAAAGGGAAGCGUGCCCGCUACGUCAGCUGUCGGGAUGCCCAGGGUGGAGUGGCAGACGAGUCCUACUGUGCCCAGCUGCCCCGGCCCCCAGAAUCCUCAGCCUGCUUCAGCCCGUGUGGCCAGUGGCGCUCCUGGGAGUGGUCUCCUGUAAGUUAUAGUUGUAAUUUUUUCAACUCUAUUAGUAUAAAUAUAUAUGAACAGCUAUUUUGUAGUAAAGUUGCCUUUACUACUGAAAGAAUGCUUCACUUAUGAAGAGCUUUUUCACUAUGAAUGUCUGAUGAUUUGAUCUUCUCUCUGCUCUCUGCCCAGUGUUCAGUGAUAUGACCUUGUGUCUAUUCUCUGUCCAGUGUUCAGUGACAUGUGGUGUGGGCCGGGCCACCAGGCAGGUGGUGUGCAGUAACUACCACCACCAGGUGGAUGAGUCCUUCUGCGAUCAGGACGAGAGGCCCAGCACAGAGCAGGAGUGUACAGCCGCCCCCUGCCCCUCCGUGUACCGUCAGAGGCCCAACGACCAGCCCUACAGCCCCCACAACCCCGCCAGCCACCCGGGACACAGCAGCUGGAACGUCCCCUCGGCAGAUAACCAGUGGAGGACGGGACCCUGGGGAGGAGUAUGUACAGAGCCAUAGGACCAUGUCACCUGACCAUGUCACCUGACCAGGACCAGGGGAGAGUAUCUUUCCUGGUUGGGUCACAUGGUCAAGAAAAACCCCUGGCUCUUCGAUACCAUCUCCAUUCACUGUCUCACUUAAUUGUCUAACUGCGUGCUGCUCUAUCUCACGUAGAAAUCUCUUACUGAGACGGCAAGGAUGUGAUGUGUCACUAAUUGGCCUAGUUCAAGGCUGUUCUAUGUGUCACGUUAUACUUCUAAGACUGAUGUUUUCCAUCUAUGUGUGGACCAAGUGUACUGUAACUCCACAGCUGGCUUUGGUUGAGAUUGCAGCUAGUCUGUACAAAGUUGGUCAUGUGUGUGUUUGUAUGUUUCCUUCUGUCUGUAACACACUCUGUGCCCAUCCAUAGUGUUCCAGUACUUGUGCGGGGGGCUUCCAGAGGAGGGUGGUGGUGUGUCAGGAUGCAGAGGGCCGCAGCACCAGCCACUGUGACGAGAGGGUCAAACCUGCCGAGUCCAAGAACUGCGACUCAGGACCCUGCCCUCUGUGGAACUACGGCGUCUGGGGAGAGGUGAGGACACAGGCACUACAAGGACUACGUACAUCCAUAGUCCCUUUCCUGCUGUCAAAUGACCUAGUGGCCUAGUGGGUGGAAUGUUAUUAAUAUUUUUCAUAAUUUCAUACUUUGUUCUUUUUGUUUCUACAGAAAAUCCAGUGUUUCUAUGUCAAACGGUUUUGUUAUAUUUCAGUCUUCUGUGAUGUAUAUCAAUUGUACUAUUGGGAUGCAAACUCAAAAUUGAAUACAUUUAUAUCUGACAUGGUACGGGUGUCUUCUUUUAAGCCCAUAACCAUGUGUGUGAGGUGUAUACUUCUGUUUCAAAGUAGAUUUGUUUAAGACUACCAAGAAACACUGUGUGACCCUGAUUUAGCCCACUGCAGUAAAAGGUUAAACAGAUCUGCUUCUAUUAAACUAUCCUACAACAAUACAGUACAAUACUAAACUAUAGAUACCCAUUUCAGACUCCUGGGCAUGCAUCUCAAUAGUCUAAAGUGGCUUCCUUUCCUCUGCACCUCUUCAUCAUCUAAUCCUGCCCUGAAAGAAGAACUAUUGAUAUACUGUACUUGGUAGCCUGCCUUUAACUCUAUAGUCUUGCUGAAUACUAAGUGACCCCCUCUUCCCUUGUCCCCUCUCAGUGCACCCAGACGUGUGGCGGAGGCAGGAGGACACGCCAGGUGGUAUGCCAGCGGCCCAACGGUCAAAGACUCAACGACCACAACUGUGACAUCCUGGACAAGCCUCCCGACAUGGAGCAGUGCAACCUGCACCUGUGCCCAGGCAGCGCAUCCUGGCACCGCCGACCAUGGAAGCCGGUACGAUAGUACUUCCUCUUCUCCUAACUCCUCCUUGACUUCUUCCUUCACUGGGGCGCGUCACCGUGAGUAGACAUGGGGGUGUGCUUAAAUUACAGGGAGUGUACUAAUGGCUAUCCGCUAGCAACUAGCAGCUAGAGGCUAGCGGCUAGCUUACUGUGUUUUAGGAGUUCUGUAGGAGAGUCAAUGGAGUGCUAGCAUCAGCGCUAGCCCUAGCCCUAGCCCACCCACACUGCACUGGCAUGGUGCUGAUUAGAAACAAGGGAGAGGGAGAACACACACAGAAUGCUGCUCCACAUUGGGAAUCAUCAGAAACACAUGGUUCCCAUUUGGAACUUAGGCUCCAAAUUAAAACUAUAAAUUAGAAGGACAAUGUUGUCCAACAAUGCCAUAUAUUUGUAGAGGCGAAUGAAUAACACAAAAUAUAUUUAUUUCAUAUGUGAAGCGUGAAGUACAUUUUUUUUGUGAUUGCUGUCUCACCCUGUAACCGAAGUACACAAGUGUAUAUUUGUGUAUAAGAGUUUUUAAUAUUAUUACUUUAUCAAACAGCAACAAAUGACUGUUACUGUAUUUUGUGUAUGUCUUUGUACAGUAUGAUUUUAUUUUUUAGUGGCAAGGUUUCAUAAUUGAAUAUGAUAUUUAAUAUUUCUACUGGUGCUUUCGGUCUGAUCUUUUAAGUCGCAUGAACAAUUGGGCUCCCGAGUGGCGCAGCGGUCUAAGGCACUGCAUCUCAGUGCUUGAGGCGUCACUACAGACCCCCUGGUUCGAUUCCAGGCUGUAUCACAACCGGCCGUGAUUGGGAGUCCCAUAGGGCGGCGCACAAUUGGCCCAGCGUCGUCCGGGUUUGGCCGGUGUAGGCCGUCAUUGUAAAUAAGAAUUUGUUCUUAACUGACUUGCCUAGUUAAAUUAAAAACCAUUUAAAAAGCAAUGACAGUUUGUACAGAGGAACAUAUUUUAAAAACAACAGUAUGUUUUGUUAGUAUUUUUAAUGUUAUGAAAAUAGUUUUUUUAAAGACUCAUAAAUUAAGGGUGAAAUGCAGUUUUCAAAAUAGUGUCAUCUCUCUUAGAAUGUUAUAUUUAAGAUGUUUUCACAGUUCUACCAUCCCUGUGUAGCCCUCAUGUAGUAAGGUGUGCACCCAAAGUUUUAACUCAUUAACUGCCAAUUAAUUAUAAUUAACUAAAUUAAAAACAGUAAAUAUAGGACACUAUAGAUAGUCUAGAUAUAACACUUUAUUUUAGGGUUAAAUUUGAAUCGGCAGAUAUUUGAAAUGCUUAGACAAAUACUGUUACUGAAAUAGGAAAAAAGCUAUAAUGCCUAUGCAAGGCAAAUAUCAGGUGCAUAAAGUCAUGUUAACUAGUACAGUAGCUACAACGGCCAGGCACUCACCUUCUCCACUUCUGGUAUAACAAAACUGAACAUCGUACAGGGAUCACUGGUUCCGCAAAACACUCAACAUCACCUCAGAAUAGACUCUCACCCUCACCAGUACACGUGUUGUACAUUUCCUGUCUUCUCAUAAGUGUGUUAAUUGGUCAUAGUGGCACAAACAAUUUGAACGUUUGCCUUGUAUGGUGAGCACUUUGUCUCUACUGUAAAACUACACUAAAGUAAAGGAGAAAUGUACAUCAAAAUGCUGUUUACAGUUGGGUUUCUAUAGAAACACCAGUCGGCCAUUUUGAUGUCAGAGAAUUAGUCAUUUUGUCUUUAACUGUGAUUAGUUGACUGUAGGGGCUCUUAACAGACUGACAUAACAGUAGGUUGGCCAAUAUGUUCAGUACAGAGUCACUAUAAUGUUUUAUUGUUGAACUUAUUCACAGGUCAUAUAGCUGACUUUUUCCAAAAUUUUUUACGUUACAGCCUUAUUCUAAAAUGGAUUCAAUUGUUUUUCCCCCCUCGUCAAUCUACACAUACUACCCCAUAAUGACAAAGCAAAAACAGGUUUUUAGACAUUUUCGCAAAUGUAUAUAUAUUUUUUAAAUAUCACAUUUACAUAAGUAUUGAGAGCCUUUAAUCAGUACUUUGUUGAAGCACCUUUGGCAGCGAAUACAGCCUCAAGUCUUCUUGGGUAUGACGCUACAAGCUUGGCACACCUGUAUUUGGGGAGUUUCUCCCAUUUUUCUCUGCAGAUCCUCUCAAGCCCUAUCAGGUUGGAUGGGGAGUGUCGCUGCACAGCUAUUUUCAGGUCUCUCCAGAGAUGUUCGAUCGGGUUCAAGUCCGGGCUCUUGCUGGGCCACUCAAGGACAUUCAGAGACUUGUCCCGAAGCCACUCCUGCAUUGUCUUGGCUGUGUCCUUAGGGUCGUUGUCCUGUUGGAAGGUGAACCUUCGCCCCAGUCUGAGGUCCUGAGCGCUCUGGGGCAGGUUUUCAUCAAGGAUCUCUCUGUACUUUGCUACGUUCAUCUUUCACUUCAAUCCUGACUAGUCUCCCAGUCCCUGCCGCUGAAAAACAUCCCCACAGCAUGAUGCUGCCACCACCAUGCUUCACUGUAGGGAUGGUGCCAGGUUUCCUCCAGACGUGACGCUUGGUUUCAUCAGACCAGAAAAUCUUGUUCCUCAUGGUCUGAGUGUCCUUUAGGUGCCUUUUGGCAAACUCCAAGCGGGCUGUCAUGUGCCUUUUUACUGGAAUGGCUUCCGUUUGGCCACGCUAACAUAAAGUCCUGAUUGGUGGAGUGCUGCAGAGAUGGUUGUCCUUCUGGAAGGUUCUCCCAUCUCCACAGAGGAACUCUAGAGCUCUGUCAGUGACCAUCAGGGUUCUUGGUCACCUCCCUGACCAAGGCCCUUCUCCCCCGAUUGCUCAGUUUGGCCGGGCGGCCAGCUCUAGGAAGAGUCUUGGAGGCCACUGUGUUCUUCUCGACCUUCAAUGCCGCAGAAUUUUUUUGGUACCCUUCCCCAGAUCUGUGCCUCGACACAAUCCUGUCUCGGAGCUCCACGGACAAUUCCUUCGACCUCAUGGCUUGGUUUUUGCUCUGACAUGCACUGUCAAAUGUGGCACCUUAUAUAGAAAGGUGUGUGCCUUUCCAAAUCAUGUCCAAUCAAUUGAAUUUACCACAGGUGGACUCCAAUCAAGUUGUAGAAACAGCUCAAGGAUGAUCAAUGGAAACAGGAUGCACCUGAGCUCAAUUUCGAGUAUCAUAGCAAAGGGUCUGAAUACUUAUGUAAAUAAGGUAUUUCAGUUUUUUAUUUGUAAUAAAUAUGCAAACAAUUCUAAACCUGUUUUCACUUUAUGGGGUAUUGUGUGUAGAUUGAUGAGAAAAAAGUAUAAUUUCAUCAAUUUUAGAAUAAAUCUGUAACGUAACAAAAUGUGGAAAAGGGGAAGGGGUCUGAAUACUUUCCGAAUGCACUGUAUGUUAAUGCAGUAUCAAGAUAAAUGCAGUCUAUUAUGGUGCACAAACAUCAAACUAUGCAAUCCAGUUUUUAAAGCUCUACAAUUGUAUUGUAGAUUAACUUCCUGUAGAUGUGGCUUUUACUGUAGAUGUGGCUUUCAUCUUAGUCUGAUAGCUCAAAAGAUACAACUAACUGAAUUGGCAUCUGCAUAUCUCGUACCAACUGAAGCACACAAAUACCUCUCAUGAUAUUGUAGUCAUUUGUUGCUGUUUCACUUUUUCUGGGGCCAGUUUUUAUAUUUCUGAAGGAUUUUUCAAAUGAAAAGUAUGUUUUUGUUUACAAUAGUUUAUUCAUUGUUGCAGCUUUAAUGUUUUAUUUGUUUCAGUUUAGAUAUAUGUAACACUUGGGUUGAACUAUCUGUCAUAACCUUCGUAAUGCUAUCAUGAACCUGACCUGGCAUCCGAUAACUGCUCCAUACAUUUCAAUACAAUUCAUGUCCAACUACCACAUCUUGAUUGAUGGCUAGCCAGCCAGUCAACAUAUAUUGUAUUUGAUGUCCUACGACCACAGGAGGUUGCUGAGGAGAGAACGGCUCAUAAUAAUGGCCAGAAUGGAGCAAAUGGAAUGGCAUCAAACACCUGGAAACCAUGUGUUUGAUGUAUUUGACACAAUUCCACUGAUUCCGCUCUAGUCAUUACAACGAGCCCAUCCUCCCCAAUUAAGGUGCCACCAACCUCCUGUGCCUACGACAGUAUAAAACAACACUAGUAAGUGAAACAUGGUUUCACAAGGUGUCAUGUCAUGUGUGUGACAACAAGGUAAAGUCUUUCUGACACAUAGUUAAUUUGAAGUGUUACCAAAAUGGCUCUGUGUUUGUGUUGACCGUAAGCUCUCCUGUGAGGUCCACUCUGGGCUCUUUUGUCCUCUCCUCCUUCCUCUGUGUCUGUCCCAAGACAUUCACUCCAUCCAAGACUCCUACUCAGCCUCGCCAGCCCAGUCGCCCCUCGCGGCUCCAACUUUUUUACCCAAGGUGCUUAGUGAUAGUGCUGUGGGGCAACAGUGCUUUGCUUUCAUUUUUUUGUGUUCAAAUGUUGUUAAUCUUUUUCUAUUUAUUUCAUUCACAUGCGAAAAAUACAUAAACAUGUUUAAAUAGCUUUUCCCACUGUAAAGAAUAUUAAAGAAACAUAAAGGUUGUGACAUUUGUGUUGUUUUUCCAUAUGGCAUCAUGCUGUAAUACUUGGCAAGUGUUGUAUUCUUUGGCAACGGCAUUUGCUCCAUAACUUCGAAGUUAUAUUGUUGAGCAUUUACUUUUUAUGCUCAUCAUAGUACAGAAAAUAGCAUCAUAUGUGCUCUAUAUGCUUAUCUGAUUUGAGUUUAUACCAAAUACGUUCUAAAAUAUAUACUACACUGAGCAAAAAGUAUUGAGACAUAAACGCCCACAUUUUAAAGCAUGCUGAACCCCCGCCCAAAAGUUGUACACAGGCCAAACAAACUUCAGACACAAACUUCAAGAUAAUUGUUUCAGUUUUAAUUAUAUCCCUAUAGCAUUUCAUACACAAUAUAUAAUGCAAUAUUUGUUGAUCGAAAGGAAUGAAUCAAUGUCAAUCAUGUCCUUUCUUAAACAAAAAAAAUGAGUUCCUCCUCAUGUGUCUAUACAUCUCAUCGAGAGCCAGCAAUCUGAGCUUUUCUGAAUAUCAUAAAAGUGUGCUUUCUAACGUAGCAUAAACAGCAUAAAUUAAAACCACACAAAAUAAUAUUGGUCCAUUACUUGCAUAUGUGGUAAUCCAUACAUGCAACUACCCAAUGUCUAUAUCUAAUUGGAACCAAGCCUAUUCAAUCUCUUUAAUCUCUUUACAUAAACAUAUUACCAUAAACACUUCAAUAUAGGCUAUCACUUACAUAGAUUCAGUCCUCAACACUUUUUGUUCCAUAUUCAUAACAAUGGUCGCUGUCUGCUUAUAAGUACAUUACCAGUCAAAAGUUUGGACACACCUACUCAUUCAAGGGUUUUUCUUUAUUUUAACUAUUAUUUACAUUGUACAAUAAUAGUGAAGACAUCAAAACUAUGAAAUAACACAUAAUGGAAUCAUGUAAUAACCAAAAAAGUGUUAAACAAAUCAAAAUAUAUUUUAUAUUUGAGAUUCUUCAAAUAGCCACCCUUUGCCUUGAUGACAGCUUUGCACACUCUUGGCAUUCUCUCAACCAGCUUAAUAAGGUAGUCACCUGGAAUGCAUUUCAAUUAACAGGUGUGCCUUGUUAAAAGUUAAGUUGUGGAAUUUCUUACCUUCUUAAUGCGUUUGAGCCAAUCAGUUGUGUUGUGACAAGGUGGGGGGGAGGAGAUAGCCCUAUUUGGUAAAAGACCAAGUCCAUAUUAUGGCAAGAACAGCUCAAAUAAGCAAAGAGAAACUACAGUCCAUCAUUACUUUAAGACAUGAAGGUCAGUCAAAACGGAACAUUUCAAGAACUUUGAAAGUUUCUUCAAGUGCAGUCGCAAAAACCAUCAAGCGCUAUGAUGAAACUGGCUCUCAUGAGGACCACCACAGGAAUGGAAGACCCAGAGUUACCUCUGCUGCAGAGGUAUAGUUCAUUAGUUACCAGCCUCAGAAAUUGCAGCCUAAAUAAAUGCUUCACAGAGUUCAAGUCACAGACGCAUCUCAACAUCAACUGUUCAGAGGGGACUGUGUGAAUCAGGCCUUCAUGGUCAAAUUGCUGCAAAGAAACCACUACUAAAGGACACCAAUAAGAAGAAGAGACAUGCUUGGGCCAAGAAACACAAGCAAUGGACAUUAGACCGGUGGAAAUGUGUCCUUUGGUCUGGAGUCCAAAUUGGAGAUGUUUGGUUCCAACCGCCACGUCUUUGUGAGACGCGGUGUGGGUGAACGGAUGAUCUCCGCAUGUGUAGUUCUCACCGUAAGGCAUGGAGGAGGUGGUGUUAUGGUGUGGGGGUGCUUUGCUGGUGACACUGUCAGUGAUUUAUUUAGAAUUCAAGGCACACUUAACCAGCAUGGCGACCACAGCAUUCUGCAGCGAUACACCAUCCAUCUGGUUUGGGCUUAGUGGGACUCAUUUGUUUUCAACAGGACAAUGACCCAAAACACACCUCCAGGCUGUGUAAGGGCUAUUUUACCAAGAAGGAGAGUGAUGGAGUGCUGCAUCAGAUGACCUGGCCUUCACAAUCCCCCGACCUCAACCCAAUUGAGAUGGAUUGGGAUGAGUCGGACGGCAGAGUGAAGGAUAAGCAGCCAACAAGUGCUAAGCAUAUGUGGGAACUCCUUCAAGGCUGUUGGAAAAGCAUUCCAGGUGAAGCUGGUUGAGAGAAUGCCAAGAGUGUGCAAAGCUGUCACCAAGGCAUAGGGUGGCUAUUUGAAGAAUCUCAAAUAUAAAAUAUAUUUUGAUAUUUUUAGUGCUUUUUUUAUUACUACAUGAUUCCACAUGUGUUAUUUCACAGUUUUGAUGUCUUCACUAUUAUUCUACAAUGUAGAAAAUAGUAAAAAAAAAUAAGAAAAACGUUGAAUAACUAGGUAUGUCCAAACUUUUGACUGGUACUGUAUAUUGUGGUAUCAUUGUGAUCAAAGCUAUAGCCAGUCAUAAACUAUACUGCUUAGCCUAACUGCUCAUUAAUACAUACUGUACAGUAUUCCUGUCUGUAUGUAUCCCUCCUUGAGGUCAUAGAACUGUACUGUUCACCGUAAGCCUAUAGCCACGGCUCAGUUGAAAGUAGUUCAGUUUGUGGUCCUUGGUAUUUGACCAACAAUUGACCUCACUCCCUUGAGCAGUCUAUCUAAUGAUCAGAAACACUAGCUGUCUUUUUGGGACAUGCUUGAUGUAAAUAUGGUCUGUAUAAUUUCUACCUAUCAUUUUAAGGUUAUUUCCACCCGUCACAUAGUCUAAAACGGACUGCAGGCUUUAUUGUUAUUAUAUAUUUUUUAAAUAAUUUUAUUUAGCAAACACUCAAGAGAAAACAUACUUACUCCAAAUCAAAUUUUGGCACUGGCACAUCUGUAUACAAUUGUAGUAAUAGGGCUCUCACCGUAAUGCCUUUGGCUGGAGACCAACAGAGUAUUCAGUUUUACUACAACAAUAAUUGGUAUGUAUCAAUGUUGGCAAGCUUGUUAUAUUUGAAGAGGUCUGAAAUUGAAACCUGAAAAAUUUUAUAGAAUAUUGUUGAUGGAUUAAUUUGUGCCUUCUGUUGUAUUUUAUCAUGCUUCCAAAUAUAGAGGAGGGUAUUUUAACAGGACAAAUAAAAGAAGCAGAGCCAAUACCUCAGCUAUACCAUGGAGUUGAUGUUUUUACCUUUUAUACUGGCCUCUAAUAGCCAUGUAUCUAUAACCAAUUUUUUGCUUGUACAAAUGAUUUUUUUUUUAGGGCGGUCAAAUGCUGUCUCCCAUCACCACUUCUAAGCAGUAUGCUAAGCUAUGCUAAUAGUAAUUUAAGAUAGACCAUUUUUCAUACAACAUAACCCAUACAGCGACAGGGAAGUCAGUGUAUUGAGCGUAAAUAUGAACCUGAAACCCUGAGGUAAUUAUUUUACAAAACGGUUCAGUUACAUAGUGAAUCACACAUAACAUUUACAUAAAAUGAAUUUAAACAAGUUGGAAGUUUAGAUUCCUUUUCUGUGAAAUGUCGUGUUGAAAGAAAGGAUCAAGUGGUGUCCUGUUGAGACGCCACGUUUAUUAGAGGCUUAUGGUCUGUCUGGUGAGAGAGAGGAAAUAGCAUAGCUUUGGGAUUGCCUGAAAUAUUUAUUGUGGUUGGCAUAAUUGAACCUUACCUUACCUUGAGUGGUGGCCUCUUCACUUGUCAGUGAUCUCAAAUAAUUUAGUACUUUAUUAAGCUAUAGUAAAGUUUUUGCAGUGAUUAGCAUUUCAAUCAUUAAGACCGUAUUCGGUAACAAACAGUCAUGAAUGAGUUAGAUGCUGCACUGCAGAUGACUCCAUAUGUAAUUCCUGGAAUCUUUGUGGCUACUUAUAUAGAGUAUGUUGGCAUGCUUCACAAAGGGAUUUGUUUUCUCAAGUGGCAGUUGUAUGGGUUAAACCUUGUCAUGGACUUACCUGGCGAGAUGAUUAUGGUGUCUUGUGGCAUUCUUCAGUCAGGGUUUAUCCAACUUAACAAUCAAGUAAUGUAAGCAUUCACUGAUACCAAAGAGAGUGACUCACCAAAGACAGAAAACCAUUUAAAUUUAUUGCACAGAUUUUGGUGGUCAAACACAGUUUGGGAGCAGUAAAGUUCCACACAAAAUAGAUUAGCAACAAUGUAAACAUCUUAAGCAAUGAUGAUUGCUUUAAAAACAGUGGCAACAUUUUUUGUGUGAAGCAGCAUUAACCAACAAUAAUGCAGUGUGUGAUGAAUUGGCCAACACACCACCAUUUUAGUAAUUUAUGCCUAUUUUGUUGCUAAUGAAAACACACCAUUUCCUGCCGUGAGUGAGGGUUCCCAAGGAGUGCAAUCUCUGUUGAAGAGAUCGCAUUGGUUCAAAUGAAAUACACAUGCACAACAUUGACAUACUUGACUUUGGCCUGAGGCCACUUGCAGGCAAAUUCCCCAAACCUGUCACCCUGGGGUCAGAUGGUCGUGACGUCAUUGAGCUGGUGUUUCCUGAUCCAGCCCAUAUGCCAGUCUAGCACUGAGCAACUGGAACUAGCUAGGACCUGGAGACUUGGAGGUUCCCUCAGUCCCAGUUCUUCAAGCAUGGUUCUUGUCAUAGCUUAUGUUGGAAACCAGAGCAGGAGGCUGUUACAUUUUGGGCCCUUUAGUGAUUGUUUAUUUGAUGUUAAACCAAACCAAAUGAUGCAAUUCAUUAGUUGAAUUGGUCAAUAGUUGAUUGCUGUAUCUUGUAGGAUUUGGCAUGCCAGGAGGCUUAAGCAUUUGGAGGCACCAAACCAGAUGCUGCUUUUAGAUGUUAUCUGAGGCAAAAUCUUUGGACAUAAGUAGAGCUUUGACAGCAGCAAUAAAGUCUGUAUCAGAAGGCCAAACAGUUGGAAAACAUGGAGAAUAGCCAUAACGUGUAUAUAUUGAAAGAAGAGAAAUAGAGAAGUUGUUUUUUAAGUUUCUCCAUUAUUCAAUUUCCUGUCUGUUUCAAAUCAAAGUAAUGCGUUUUUGGCAUGGGAUUUCAUUCCAAAACAACUGUAAUAAUAGCAUGAUGCUCUCCGCCAACAUUGAUGUGUCCAAGCUUUUCUUUCUUCCAAUUUAUUGCAAUUUAGAGAACAAUUAAAUAAUGUUGCCAGGCCUCAACAGAAACAAAUGACAAACAAAAGACAUGGCUCGCAUACAAAGAUUGAUUUGUUUGUAUCCCAGAUCGACUAACAAAACAUGCAUAUCUUGACAUGUUUGACUGAAAGAGAAAUAGACAAGAUAUUUAUACGGUACAUAUGGAAAAUAAAUAUUAAACGUCAGCGGUGGAGAAAGUAUUUUAUGUAAACCAGUGACCCUACUUUCUUUAUGGACAUCUGCCAUCGAGCACGGUUGACGUCAAACCUCAGAGUUUGAUAUAUAGUCGGCUCUACCGUAUGUGGCCUAGUCCUCUGAAUUCACUCAUAUAGACAUAACCACUAAUGCAGUCUCAGUGACGGAGGCUGAUGAAAUAAAAUGGCCCAAACAUUUGAGAGCAGGAGUCACCUCGCAACCACAAAGAAGCUCUGGAUACAGAGCAGAGAAGGGGGAGAAAGAGUGAGAGAAAGAUCAAGAGAGGGGAAGAGACUAGUUUAGGCAGAUAUUUGUUUUGCUGGCGCUUCAGCUGGGGAUGGAUGCAGGGGGCUAAAAUGAGAGAUGUAGUGUAAAAACCUGGAAGCGUUUAACCCAGGCUUUCCCUGGCUCUUCCAAUGAUCGGGAACAGGUCCCCUCUGAAGAGUGGCUGCUUUUUCUCAACUGGCAUUGCAACACAUCUGAGAGAAAGGUCUCUAAAGCUUACGGGGUGAAUCCUCUCUGAAAUGGGACUUAAAUGCAUGUUCCUCUCACCUCGUCUUUACCGGAGACGUGAUGGGGAUUAUUCAUGUUGGGGCCUGUUGGUGGCGAUCAGGUUGAUGUACUGUACCUUGGGAGUUGGACUGUAUUAAACACACCAUCUUUAUGAAAGAGACAUUUUUUCUUUUAAACUUGGUUCAGUGGGAAAGAGUUUGAUGGAUGAAGUGUCCUAGAAGAGCGUGGUAACCUACUCAAAGUAACAGAUCUCCCUUGAAAGUAGGGCUUAUCAGGUUUCACCUCACAUCUUACCAUAGACACUCUACACUGCUGCUUUCUGAUGUGGCAUCAGUUAGCAGGACAAUAGACGUCAAUGUAUUACUCUUUAUACGAAGACUUUUAGGCUCUACCUUUACUGGUUUGGGUUCUGUACUGCAGGUUCCACGUUAGGUACCUGGCUGGCAUGUCUGUCAUCAUGUUACAUAUUCAGCUCCAACGUCUCCCUCCCAUCCUCUCG